CCGAGUCACCGUAAGGAUAUCAGCUUCAAGGAAUCUACAUAUACUCAUUCACCCAUUCAUCUGCAGAUCAUGGUCAGCGGUCUUCGAGCUUUGGUCCUCUCUGUGGGUGUUCAUCGGGGUUUCUCAGACGAGAACGGUUGAAUCCUCAGCGUUACUGGUUUAACAUGGUCAACCACGACGAACCGCACUCCCUCCUCCUGCCUCCUUGUUCGCCUGAGGAGCAAGGGCCGGGUACCUAGGUACUUCCUAGGCAUGAUACAGGAGGUAGGAGGAAAUUGUGGCCGAAAGUUUUCUGGGUAGCAGCUUCGGUGGGACAGGAGGCGGAUGUCACUGACCGUACCUACCUGCUAGGUAGGGGGAAGAAACCAAAGAGAAUGCACAGAGAUUUGGGAAGAGGAGACGAAACAGCAGGGAACAAGGGAUGGAAAGAAGUCGACGAGAUCCUGUUGCCUCGCUACUGCCCACAUGCUACUGCUUUCUUCAUGAAUUCAUCUUUAUCAAUCAUCAGAGUCACCAGUUGAUGUGCCAAAAUUGGUAGGCGAAUGACACGCGAGUGAAAAACAUGGUCAAGACGAAUUCAAGAAUAUAGGCUACUGACGGAAAACUGAAUAAAGAAGCCAGGCACACACCAAAAUCGCAACGAACGAAGUCAAUGCUCGCAAAAACUCAAUGAACAGGCAAGGUUAACAUUACUGUGGCCUCUGUGAGACAUCAUGCUUAGAGAUGCUUUUUGUGAUGAGAAAGACUUCAAGGUUGACUCAACGAUCGAUGUGGAUGUGAUACGACUCUGAGGCCACUAUCAGGGCAACUUAUCAUCCCAGUUGCUGUCACUAUUCUUUGAUCUUUCAGCUCAUUUCCGUGUCCUCUACUAGAGCAUCGAGAUCUCUCUCCUUCCAUCAUCACCCUCUGCUCUACCAUGUCAGAAGCCAUGAUCAAAUCUGCUCCGUCCGCAGCCUGCAAAGAUGCACCCGACAAGCACCAAUCCUGCGACAACAAAGACCCCAUCUCAGGUAAAAAAGACAAACUCAGUGACUCGGUCCUACAACCAAAAUGUCCUCUCUCCUCCCGUCCCGGUCCCUACUCUGUUGGAGAACGACUCUUCUUCAAAAAGUUGGUGGACGGCGAACGUGAACCGGUGUUUUUCACUGUGGUAAAGGUGCUCGAAGGGGCGCUAGGCAAGGGAUGUACGCAGUCUUGCUGUCUGCUCGUGGAUAUCCAUCAGGUCGAUAGCACUAUCCCUGCGAUAUAUCACGAAAACCGCUGCGUCCUCAAAAUAUUCGACUUCAAACAUUCUCAAGGCUUGCGCAACCAGUUCAACUGCGGGGUCUUCACGCCGGAGCACGCUGCCGCCCUCAACGAAUUGACGGCUGACAAUGAAUGCCUCAAUCCAGUGUAUUGGCUCGAGGAUAGUGUUGAUGUCGUGCAGAGUAAGAGCACACUUCUAGCAGCUGAUUUCGAAGCAGGGGCCAUCGGUCCCUCAGUGAGUAGACUUUUACUCGCGGGCUACCAACUCCAAGUUUUGUACGACGAGGCUCGCAACGAGGAUCCGAACUUCCCUUCGCUCUUGCUCGGGCUCGCUGAGAAAGAGGCGUUCCUUUUCACGAUAACGCAGCUAGACUAUUCCCACCAUCGCAAAGGCUUUGAUGCUAUCGACGGUGUUGAAGGAUUCCCGUCCUUUGUCGCAUCCGGCUUCAUCGUCCGAGAGUGCGAAGAGGCAACUCGAGCGCCGCAACUACACCACUACCCCGUAAUCAUGACGUCGUUCAUUGACAACGCAAUCACUUUGGAGGUUCUAUCCGCCGGGCUGAAAACCGACUGCUCGACAAACCACAGUGAUGUUGAGAGAUCACUUCUGCAAGAGUUCAAGUCAUUCUCUGCUUGCCAGUGGCAUGCCCUAUUCUGCGAGGCUCAUGCCAUGAUCUAUAAACUGUGGCUUCUAGGUUUGCAAUACGAUGAUCUACGGCCAGCCAACAUCAUGGUCGCAAGAGACGGACCUGGACAAUUCCGCCUUGUGUUGGUGGACAUCGGUGGUCUGAAGGUGCUCGAUCAAGAACACGUCGAAUUUUAUUCGAGGGACCGAGGUCAACGCCGUUAUCUCGAGUCGAGACCAGACCAUCAUGUUUGGCAAUACGAGGCCAACAGCAAACACCAAGAGCAAUUUGAUGGAGGUCUCGAGUUUGACCUGGUGCAGCUAAUGGCGUCAGUCAUCCCUGUCUCCUACAUCAAGUCCAAACACUUCUCAUUCUUUGAUGUUCAGACACACCGCUUUCGAGGCUGGUAUGGGGGGCGUCGCGAGCAUUGCCACACCACAGUGUGGCGUUUCCUAUUUGAGACUCUGGUCGCAAGCCUUGCCAGAUCACGAUUUGGUGCCGAGCCCGCAACCGUCGCAGCAAUUCUAAGAUGGGUCUGUUUGAUCUUGCUCUCUGGUUAUCGCAGCCAUAAUAAAUUCCCCCUGUGGGGCUUUCGUGCCUUUUUACGGAUCGCUUUCCUCGUCGCGCCGGCGGAAGAUUUUGGUCUAGGUAUGACCAGUGUUGUCAAUCGAAAGUUAACCACAUUUCGACAUUCACUCAAGGACUCUCCAGGUAUCUCGGCCGUACCGUUUACAAUCAAGCAAAUCCAGCAGUGGGCCGACAAAUCGGAUCUCUGGUGUGACGCUCCGUGGUACUCUCUAGAUGUACAGUCAACCCAACUCCUCCAACUUCUACAGGGGCGUCAGGAGAAUGUUCGAAGUGAGGUCUUCACUGGGUUUCUUGCCGGUCUUGACGUUGAUGACCAAUUGUUAAGUGCUGGGAAGGAUAUCCUCUGGUGCGAGGAGGACAUCAACAUUUACCGCGACCGUUACCAGACACUGACGAACGGUUCUGUCCUGCAUGAUCACUAAAAGGGAUCAUCUACAGAGUGAGAAUCUCCAGAGGGCGCUACAGAUUGACCUCCGGUUUGCACACCCAAUGACUCAUGCUCAGUCGACGUUAAUCGUCUCGGAACUCCCACGGCGAGUCGGGGCUGGAUCCAGUCGAAAUAAAGCUGGACGAAGCGAAUGACGUGAAUAGGGGGAUCCACAAGGAGGGCAAAGGGGAAGAGGAAAAGGUUCAUGAGUGGGUGUAGAGGUCCAGAGGUUGACGAUCGGCCGGGCCUCAGAGCGUUGGCACCUACUACGCAAAGAGGUGGCUAUCAGACACUCUUCUUCAUUGAUAUACAUACCUACCCUAGUAGUCGAACCUAGGUAUCUAGGUAGUCAAUACCAUACUGCC